AUGCAAACAUGUUUGAUUUCCCACUUCUUCGCCAUCAAAUCGUCAGCCACCACCAGAUGCAAACUACGAUCUGUUUUACAUCCAUUACCCUUCCAGCUUGCCCUUGAACCGAUAGUCGGUGAGGAAGAAGAUGAUGUGGUGGUUGGUGUGAUCUACAAAGUGGAUGGACAAAAGGUGUUUCCGAGGGAGCAAUUUAAGCAGCAACAGUCGUGCAGGGGAGGGCUUUCGGCAGUGAUGCUCGAACCGAGGAGGUGA